ACGUGAGGCGCGGCUUUAAAGCCUUGAGGAAAAUCCAAUCGGUCCGUCUUUAAAGCUUUGAGGCGCCCUCAACAAAAGUGAGGAAGCCGCGCCGAAGCCCGCCGCAACGAAACUUCGUGACGGGAACUCGCUGGCGGCAGGCAUCGAUGGAACCGGCAGCGAGUGAUAGAGAUGUGGAAUUCGUGAAGGAAGAUCGCUGAGGUCAGGCAUCGACGGGAGUGUUGGCGUGUCGAGAAGAAGAGAGCUCGCUGGGGGCAGAGCGGCAGCUAAUUUGAGUUAAAUUAGUCGAAUCCCCCGAUUUAGCAAAUCCAUGAUUUAAGGAACUCGUCUCUCUGUGUUGCUUGUUUAUCUGUAAAAUAGAUCUUGAAGCUCAUAAGUUUGAUCAAAGAUGCCUACUUUCUUUGAAAAAUUAUGCUACAUGGUUCGUCGAUGUAUCUUUUAUGUUCUGUCAAUUGGUCCCAUGCCAAAUCAUAUUGCUUUCAUCAUGGAUGGGAAUCGUAGAUAUGCAAACAAGCGAAGCUUGGAAAGAGGCACUGGUCACAGGGCUGGAUUUUCUGCCCUCAUCUCUAUUUUGAGAUAUUGCUAUGAAAUGGGAGUUAAGUAUGUCACCAUAUAUGCCUUCAGCAUUGACAAUUUCAGACGAAAACCAGAAGAGGUUCAGUCAACCAUGGAUCUGAUGAAGGAGAAGAUUGAUGAAUUGCUCAAAGAACAGAGCUUUGUGAAUGAAUAUGAGGUUAGACUUAAUUUCUGGGGAAACCAUAACCUUUUGAAUGAUCCUUUGAGGUUGUCGGUUGAAAAAGCAAUGAGAAGCACAUGUCAUAAUACAGGACCAGUGCUAUCUGUGUGUGUGGCUUAUACUUCUACAGAUGAAAUUGCGCAUGCGAUUGAAAUGUCUUGUCAUGAAAAGAGGGAUCUGAUGAAAGAGCUACAUGCUUGUGGUUGCAAAAAUGAUUUUUUUGAAGAAUUUGAUAUGCAAAGUGUUAUUUCAGUAGCUGAUUUUGAGCGGCAUUUGUACACUUCUGGUUGUCCAGAUCCAGAUAUAGUCAUCAGGACUUCGGGUGAGACUCGCCUCAGUAACUUCCUUCUAUUGCAGUCUAGUUUUAGUCACUUGCAAAAUCCAACUCCUCUCUGGCCUGAUUUCUCUUUCAGUCACUUAGUAUGGGCCAUUUUGAAGUACCAGAGGGGGCACCCUUAUUUACAGGAGAGAAGUAGAAGAAGUAAAAAGAUGGAGUGAAAGACGGUCACUCAGAUAAAAAGAGAAAACUAAGGCAUUCCUUGGAAUUUUUAGAUUGUAAUAGUUGCUUGGUUGAAUUCGGAAUCAAGUUACCAUGGACUGUACACCAUGGAUUUGUACCAUAAUUCUAUCAAUGUAUCAUUUACAUUGAAGAUGCAUUAAAUUAGAUAGUAAUAAUAUAAGUAUUUCUAUGUGCUAAUUUGGUU